UGGAACRGGUUCCAGCACGCUGACAGUUCAGAUCCUUUCUAACCUAGUUUAGCAAAGGGCACGAACAACCAACCGUCCUUAUGAACUCAAUGGAAUAGCUUUUGAUAUAUUCCUUCAAUCUAACAAGAUGUCUGUCUUUUUUCAUUUGGUUAUGUUAGCGGCCAUAGCGAGUCAAUUACCUGUUUUACAAGGUAAUAGUCUUCCACAAUGGCCUGAUGGACGGUACGGUUUGCCGCAGUCAAUCYACGGAUGUCCAGACACUGAUAGCGUCACCUGGUCAACUGGAAGUCUCUCGCAGUUYCUUGAAGGGAAAAACAAGAAGUCAAUGUCAUUUCACAUGGACGCCAAUAUCACCAACARAAUCGUUCAAAGAUCCUUCUGCAUUAAAGAAACAACGAAUACUACAAGRMCACAAUGGCCUCCCGGAAAAUACUGUAUAUACAGUAAGGGAAAUGGGUGUCCACGAGGACUAAGACGGGGGUCAUUACUGUGGGACAACACCAUUGAUUUCACUGGAUUAAACAAGCACUCCGGUGUGUUACCUGAUGGUKUCUUCACAGAUUCACUGAGUUUGAUAWAUUUUUGCUGUGCGGUGAAGGGAAACAAAUCGCAUCCCAUCUCCCUUCCCCUGGAGAAGCCAUUCUAUUUGAUGGCGUUUAAAUCAGAUGUUUGUCAGAAGGUGGUUGGUGCGGUAAGCAGAGCUGAGUAUAUCCUUUAUAAAACAGGUGCUAGUAAUAGACUGARCCCACCACACCCAUACAAAGCAAGUUCUUUCGACAUCAAGCUAUAUUACUGCUACUAUCAAGCAUGUUGGAGCAACUUUACUUCUCUAGUUGGUACGAUCAUGUCACCAUUUUAUCCCACCGACUACCCACAAUUAACAACCUGUCGAUGGACUAUCGCUUUACCACAAGGCUACGAAAUUACUUUACACUUUGAAGAUGUAGAUAUAGAACCCUCUCCCUCAUGUGACAAAGACUGGCUUAGCUUACGAUUGAGAAACGGGACAACCCUGAAAUACUGUAAUAAAUCACAUCAUGAUGACCUCUAUACGAAAAGUAAUGUAAUCGUCUUGGAGUUUCAUUCCGACCAAGUAUCUACACUUAACAAGGGUUUUAGACUACGCUAUACAUCUGUUUAUUACAAUCCAGAUUUGGCAGUAACAACAAUAGGCCCAACACCUGAACAAACAAAUACAACAACAUUGAACGCUACAACAGAAACAGUCCCUACAACUCCAAAUGCACAGAUCACGGAAGACAUCACAGAAUAUGUGACCAAACGACCGACAGAAAUUCUCAAUAGUACUCAGGCCAAUCCGUCUGUUGUCGUCGGAGAGACGCACCAGCCUCAGUCCUACGAUGCGUGGACGGUUAUUGUAGCCGUUUGCUUGAUUGUUGUAAUACUGGCUAUUGUUCUAGUAGCCGUCUAUUUUAAAUGUUUAAGGAAACGAUUCAAUCUGCCUGAGAAGCAAGGUUCUACAGUCAAAUACUGCAAGGAAGAAGAAGGCGCUUAUGUGGACAUUGACUGUCGAAGCAAUUCAAUCUUCGGUGAAAAAGCCAGUCCAGGAAUUCCUGUCUACGACAACUAUCCAAGUGAUAGUGAAACUGGAAAUGCGACGCAAACUGUCAAAAAUGAAGCUACAAACCCAAUUUAUGAAAAGAUUGAGGAAAACAAAGACGUUAGUGAAGAGAAAUGCCAAAAUAAUGUAUUAUAUAGCGGAAGCGAACAAAAUAGUGUUAAUGUUUAUGAAGAACUGUCAAACCCAAGAAAGAAGCAAAACAAUUUAUACGAAAGCGCUUCACUUCCUCCUGAUUCAAAACGAUAACUGUUCCUACCAAACGUUACCGCUACUAGUAGUGCCAUAAACAAACGAAGCAUCAGCUGGAGUAAAUGCCUUCGAACUAGUUUUGAAAUAAAGUUCCGGGAAAUCAAA